AUGCAUGCGGCAGUGGUGGCAGCAGACGUGCUACUGCUCCUAAGCAUGGGGUGGACCUCAGACUGUCUCUGCUCACCCACCAUUUUUUACAGAGACUGCUGGAUCCGUCGCUUCCCAGGUCUUCUAAUUGACCUUGAGGAGUCUCAGAAGCUGGGAGCUCAGUUCUUAAAGUAUUAUUCUGAAAGCACUGGCCAGAAAUGCAGUAGAAGCUGCUGUCUUAGGAAGGGUGUUUCCUGUAACCUGGCUGUCUUCUACCACGAUCCCAUUCAUGAUAAUGUCAACUGCCUCCACAUUCACUGCCCAACACUGGAGAGCUGCAUAUUAGAGCCCGGAUCCAGUGCCAUUUUAUACAACAUAACAGACGGUAUAGAUCCAGAUUUGCUGGUUUUUGAACAAUCACUUCCCACAUAUCUACAUACCCGUUCUUCAUCUAAUACCUGGGACAGACUAAGGAUUUUAAAAGCUAUGAAUUUAGAUAAACAACGAACCACCAUGAGAAACCAAAUGCUACCAUCAAUAGAGGCUCCAUCAUCAACCACACAUCAAGAUUUGGCUGCAAACACAAACAAUAUCAGGUAUUCCAAGAAAUUAACCACAGAUGCUUGGGCAAGAUUCAUUUCCCUGAAUGACUCCAUUACCACAGAGGUCAAUAUGGUGCCAUCCCGUACUGAUUUCAUCAACAACCCAGACAACAAGACUAUUUCUCCUUUCUUUGUGCCCAUAGACACAAAACUUUCUCAUAUGCCUACUCCAUCCCAACUCAACAGUAGCAAACAACUACUGAACAAAACCAAGGGGUACAACAGCAGAAACCGUACAUCUGGGAAUGAGGAUGAAACACCUGAUGGGGCAUCUGUGACUUCAAAGACAUGGCUGGUUCCUGUGGUCCUCUGUACCUCUGUCAUCUUUCUUUGCUGUUGUACAGUCAUCCUGGCAUCUGGAUGCUUUCGCAAGCAGCAGGGCCAGUACAAACCAGGACAGAGAAGUCAGCAUCCAGGCAAAUUACAAAACGUGACAUCCUGA